AUGGAAAGCCAAGAUUUUUACAACAUGUUUGCGGGUAGUGGAGGAGUUACUCAGAGUCCUGCUAGCAUCAUUCAGAAUGUGAAUCUGGAAAACGAGCUUGGAACGAUGAAGAAACCUCCUAAGUUGAUGAGUUUGGAUGAAUAUUCAGGAUGGUCCGGGAGAUUCAAGAACUGGGUGCAGGCAAACCAUCUAGAGUGCUGGAUAAAAAUCGAAAGAAAGUAUGUUCCUCCGGUAGAUGGGUUGAAUGUGUUGAAGACCAUCGCAAGUCUUACAGAGGCGGAACAGGUCGAGUUCAAAGCGGAAAAGAAGAUGGUUAGUAUUCUGCAACAAGCGAUAAAAAAGGAUAUUCUAGUUCUGCUACAGCAUGAUGAUAGUGCACAGUCGAUAUGGCAAGCUUUGGAACAGAAAUUCAAAGGCAGUGCGUCGAUGAUCAAGAGUAAGAAAGCAUUGAUAAAGAAAGAAUUUGAUAUAUUCACGGGAAUUAAAGGUGAAUCGACAAAGCAGCUUAUCGAGAGUUGGGACAAGUAUGUUCCAGGAAAGGAUGAUCGAGCAAUGAUGGCUGAGGUAGUUGAAAUUACCGAGACAGUUGCAGAGUCAAAGAUUAGCAAUGAGGUGGUUACUGAGAAUGUCGGUGAAGUAAUUUCUGAGAAUGCAGUUGAGUCUGAUUCUGAGGUGGUUGAGGAAGCAGUUACUAAGAUGGUUGAUUCUGUUACUGAAAUUGUGAUUGAAGAGGUUAUGGAAGUUGAUGAUCAGGUGGUUCCAGAGGUUGUCAAAGAGGUUUCGACAGAUAGUUCUGCAAAAGCUGAGGCUUCUGUGUCUGAAAUUCUCAACUUUCAAUCACGGCAGGAGGAAUUUGUUUAUACAAUGAAAUCUAUUUUGCCUCCUAAUGUCUUUGAUUCUUUUGCAGAUUAUUUUGAAGAGCCAAGAACUGGAACGUGUCCGAGAUUUGAAGCUGAGAAAGAAGCAGUUGAGGAGGUGAUCGACGUUUCCAAAGUGAUGACUGAAGAAGCUCUAAAGGAGAUUGCAGAUAAAGCACUGAUGAGCAAGUUAAAAGAGGUAGAUUCAGACGUCCAGGAGUCAGUUGAUAAAGUGUCAGGUCUAGGAAAGGAAACUGGAGUCAUAGAGGUCAACGUGGUCAAGUCGUCUGAGUCGGAGUCAGAUCUUGUUGGUAAAAUUGUUUGUGAGAAUGAGAUUAUAGUUGAAAAAGUUUCAAUCCCCAAUACACCGUGUUUAAGUUGUUCACAACCAUGCACGGGGUGUCUUGAAAAAGACAUCAAGUAUCAGGAAUUAAAACAACAUGCAGAUUUGGUGAAGUUUGACUUAGAGCAAGUAAUCAAAAAUGUUAUUGAUCAGGUGUUGGACGAUGAUAGUGAGAAAUCUGAGAAGGCAAAAUCAGUGGAGUCCGGUAGUGAUUCUGAGGAGAAUGGAAAUUUUUUAGAACGUUAUUUGACAAAAACGGAUAAAAGUGCGGAUGAUGAUUCAAUUAUGGUGGCUUACACUAUGGUUGGAUCUGACAAACUUUACUCCAACACCGAGUUUCCGCUUCAGAAUGUUAAAUUUGAGAAUGUUCAGAAAGUGUUUAAGCUGAUUGAGCUGAGCGUAAAUGAGUUAAAGAAAAAUGAUUUCUUUUCAAAACUGAAUAAGUCAGUUGGUUCGUCACGUCCUACUAGUCCAGAAAAGGUAGAGGGGGUGGGUAAAAACCAAAACAAUAAAAAUCAGUUAAGGAAUAAAGGUCUUGGUUUUGAGAAGAAAAUGACUAAGAAGGUGGUCAAGCCAAAAGAAAGGAUGAAUGAUGUGUUUGUCGCUGCGCAAAAGCUAAAAGUGGAAACUGUCACAACCACUUUUGUAGAAUAUGAUAAGCGUGUGUGUUAUCACUGCAAUGAAGUUGGCCAUAUGGCGAAGCAGUGUAAGAAAGUGAUUGAAAAACUGGUUGUGGUCAAAAAUGUUGAAAAAUUGAAGGUUGAAAAACCAAAGGUUGAAAAACCUAAGGAGCUGCCCAAGUCUGUGCUAUCCAGGUGGAUAAUGGACAGCGGAGCGUCGAGGCAUAUGACGGGAUCCUUAGCUCUAUUAUAUGAUGUCAAAUCAAUUAAUGGAAGCUACGUUGGAUUUGCUGGUAACCAAGGUGGCAGGAUUGUUGGUCAGGGAAAGCUCACAAACGGCAUCAUAUCUUUUGACAAAAUUUCUACUGAUUACAUCAUGGGCAAGUGUCGUAUGAUGAUAUUGAGGGUGGUAUUACAUGAUAAUUGCAGUGAUUUGAGUGUUAGACGUAUGUUGUCGGUAGUGCAUAUUUUCAGUUCCAGAUCUAGGGUGAUUUAG